UGCAGCACUUGCCGCAGUACGUACUGUCGUCUGUCAGAAGCUACACGGGGACCUUUGUUUGUGUCUGUGCCGGGAGAGCAGCACUAUGAGGACGCCUAUGAGAGCUUCAUGCGGCAGCAUCUCAAGCACUACGGCUACUACCGCGGACGGAGCGAGGACGACGAGGAGGAGGAGGCGAGGGGCGUUCCGCUCAGAGGUGGCCUUGGGGGGCCCAAUUCUGGCCCCCCACGCAGCUCCACCUUCCCCGGCUCCCUCGCCGAGCACAGCAGAGAGGAGGGGACUCGGCCCCCAGGCCGCCCCUCUGCGGGCCCUCGUCCGCCGGGCCCCCCGCCGUGGCGCAGCACGCAGCUGGUGCUGGAGGAGGGCGCCGGCGCCCCCCGGCUGCGGGAGCCUCUGCAGGGCCCCGCGCCCAGCGCCUCGGCGCUGCCCGCGCACGCCCCGCGCUGGCCGCUCGACUGCCAGGUCGUGCCCGAGCGCGUCGCCCACAUAGACUGGGACCCCUCCGAGCCCGAGCCGCUGUACGAGGCCACGGGGCGUGAGCACGAGCCGCUGUGCGUGGGCGACGAGAGCGGAGAGGUGGUGUUCGAGAUCGAGAAAGGUGAGCGGGUGGGUCGAUGUACAGGUGACUCCGUGUCCCCUCGCGUCUCCGCAUCCCGCCGCGACUCCGCGUCCCCCCGUGUCUCUCUCCGUGCAGCCUCCUCCGAGCGCUGCUUCGUGUCGGCGCGGAUUGGGGGCCGCCGGGGCCCGCUGGUGCCGCCCCCCGCGGCCACGCGUGGGGACGACGACUCCACCCUCCUGUUCGAGUCGCGCUUCGAGAGCGGCAACCUCCAGAAGGCCGUGAGAGUCGGCGAGUGGGAGUACGAGCUCACGCUGCGCUCGGACCUCUACACAGACAAGCACACGCAGUGGUUCUACUUCCGCGUGGGCAACACGCGCGCCGCCCCGCGCCGCUACCGCUUCACCAUCACCAACCUGGGCAAGCCGCGCAGCCUCUACGGCGCCGGCCUGCGCCCGCUUUUCUACUCGGAGUGCGACGCCGCGGGGCCGCUCGCCCUCGGCUGGCGCCGCGCCGGCUCCGACGUCCGCUACUACCGCACGCGGACCGCGGCAGCGGCAGCGGCGGAGACGCGGGCGCGCUACUCGCUCACGUGGACGUUCUCGUUCCCGCACGAGGGCGACGAGUGCUACUGGGCGCACUGCUACCCCUACACGUACUCGCGCCUCGCCGCGCGCCUGGCGCGUGUCGCCGCCGACCCGCGCGCCGCGCGCCUCUGCCGCACGCGCGUGCUGUGCCGCUCGCUGGCGGGCAACCCCGUGCCCGUGCUCACCAUCACGUCCCCCGCGCCCCCUCCUCCUCCUCGCCUCCUCGACGGCCCCGAGCGGGGGGCCCGCGACGGCGGCGCCGCGGAGGAGGAGGAGGGAGUGGGGGGCUCCGCCGAGCGGGGGGCCCGCGCAGCGCUCCUGGGCCGGGCCAAGCGCGCGGUGGUGGUGACGGCGCGCGUCCACCCCGGGGAGAGCAACUCCUCGUGGGUGAUGGAGGGGCUGCUCGACUUCCUGCUGGGCGACUCGGCGGACGCGCGGCUCCUACGCGACACCUUCGUGUUCAAGGUGGUGCCCAUGCUCAACCCGGACGGGGUGCUCGUGGGCAACUACCGCUGCUCGCUCUCGGGGCGCGACCUCAACCGAAACUACCGCACCGCGCUGCGCGAAGCCUUCCCCCCCGUGUGGCACCUGCGCGCCAUGGUGCGCAGGCUGCUGGAGAAGCGCGAGGUGGUGAUGUUCUGCGACCUUCACGGCCACAGCCGCAGGAGCAACGUGUUCGUGUAUGGGUGCGAGGGCGCGGCGGGUUCCGGGCACGGCCCCCGGGGGGGCCAGAGCGGCCGAGUCUUCCCGCUCAUGAUGAGCAAGAACAUCCCCGACAAGUUCUCCUACGAGAGCUGCCGCUUCAAGGUACAGAAGAGCAAGGAGGGCACGAGUCGCGUGUCCAUGUGGAGGAUGGGCAUCGCCAACAGCUUCACCCUGGAGACCACCUUCGCCGGCUCCACGCUAGGGGAGCGCAAGGGCACGCACUUCAGCGUCGAGGACCUGAAGUCGGUGGGGUACCAGCUGUGCGACACGCUGCUCGACUACUGCGACCCCGACCAGGCCAAGGUCGAGCUGUGUGAGCGGGAGGUGAUGGAGCGUGCUCAGGCCACAGAGCGGAUGCGCAACCUCGGCAAAGACGGGGGGGGGCCCUGGGGGCUGGGCCUCUCCGACAUCGAGUCCAGCGAGAGUGGCUCAGACAGCUCGCAGUCGGAUGGGCUGCCCUCACACCUGCUGGCGCUGCUGCCUAAGAUGCGCGUCAAGCGGCGGCGCCUCAAGUCGCGCAAGGAGCGGAACCGCACUCGCCUGGGCCUGCUGCAGGCCGUGGGGGCCGUGGGGGCCCUGGGCUCCGGCUUCCCUCCUAGCGCCGGGCCCCGGCGGGCCGGGCCCCGGCGGGGCACGACCCGGCCGAGCGGAGGGGCCUUCGCGGAGGCUGCGGCCGAGGCGGCCGGGGAGCCCGUCGGCCGAAAGGAGGCGGACAAGGUGCACACGCAGCGCUACCGCAGGAGCGGCCCGGCCACCACCGUCAUGGCCGCCGUCGGGGGCGCCCGGGGCGGGGCCGUGGCUGCGACCGCAACCCAGGGCCCCCCCGGUGCACAGACGAGCGUCCCCCUGGCGUAUGUGGGGAGCGACCCCCUUGCCGGCGUCUCCACCCUCGCCCGCGACGCUGCAGCGUCCGCCCAGACGCAGGCCGCCACGCCGACCCUUGACCCCGGCCACGGUGACUUCUGCCCCGCGCACGGCACCUUGGCCACCCAGUACCUGAGCGGCCUGCUGGAGGAGGGCUGGGGUGUGCAGUGGGAGGGCAGCGGCCUGAGCCUGCGUCACGUGACUCGUCACAUGGCGCCCUCGUCGCGUCGACGCAUGCUGCUGGGGGGGCAGCUGGUCCUGCCCGUCUCCAUGACGACCGCGCUGCCCCCGAAUCCCCGCCGCCCCCCCCGCACGGCCAUCAGGCAGCACCCGCUGCCCUUCGAUCCCUGGCUGGAGGAGGCCAGCGGCUUCCUGUCCUCCGGACGGCUGCAGAGGAGCAGCAGGGAGCCGCUCUCUCUCCUGCCGGCCACGCAGCGACCCGCCUCCGUGCGGAUGGGUCCCCUAUCGCGCACCCCCAGGCCACUGGGUGCCAUCGGCUCGGGUGACGCGGGAACCCCCGAGCGGGGGCGGAAACAGCAGCAGCCGAAGGAGCCGGCGCCGGGGAGAGCGUUCGCCGGGAGGCUGAGCCCCACGGCGACGAGGGAGCCGGGCCGGGGGGCCCUCGUCACCGUCACCGGGGCCCCGGGCCUCUCCGCAGAGGCCGGGCAGCGUGCCCCGCGCGGGGCAACGGGGGCGCCCGCGGGAGACGCGGAGGAGCCGUGCUGAGCGGUGAGCGUGUCGCACGGCCAUCAUGGCCGCACUCGCGAGAGGGCGCCUGGGAGCGCCGUGACGGCGGAGCGCCUGGGAGCGCCUGGGAGCGCCUGGGAGCGCCUGGGAGCGCCUGGGAGCGCCUGGGAGCGCCUGGGAGCGCCUGGGAGCGCCGUGACGGCGGAGCGCCUGGGAGCGCCUGGGAGCGCCUCACCUCCGCGGGGUCCUCGCCGGAGGAGACGCACGGCGCCGGCGCCUCCUUGCCCCUCGGCCGCCGAGCUCGACUGCGAUGGUUCGAGUCCCGCUCCAGUAGCGGGAGAAUCCCAACAACGCCGAGCGAAUGUUAUGGCCGCGUGACGUCGUUGGCGAGAGUGAGGCCGUCGUGAGUGACCAUCGCAGCCUGAGGCCCCGCAACACGACAACCAGAAGACGGAACUGUGGAACGACUGAGUUAGCACCACUGAGUUAGUACUACUGAGUUAGUACGACUGAGUUAGUACCACUGAGUUAGCACGACUGAGUUAGUACGACUGAGUUAGUACCACUGAGUUAGUCCCACUGAGUUAGUACCACUGAGUUAGUACGACUGAGUUAGCACCACUGAGUUAGUUCCACUGAGUUAGUAUCACUGAGUUAGUACGACUGAGUUAGUACCACUGAGUUAGCACGACUGAGUUAGUACCACUGAGUUAGUACGACUGAGUUAGUACCACUGAGUUAGUACCACUGAGUUAGUACCACUGAGUUAGUACCACUGAGUUAGUAUGACUGAGUUAGUACCACUGAGUUAGUUCCACUGAGUUAGUUCCACUAAGUUAGCACGACUGAGUUAGUACCGCUGAGUUAGUUCCACUGAGUACCACUGAGUUAGUACGACUGAGUUAGUACCACUGAGUUAGUACCACUGAGUUAGCAUGACUGAGUGAGUACGACUGCGAGCGUCUCGAGUUUGGGCCACAGAGAGGAGGUUGAAGAUUAAAGUGAAACUGGCCGGGAGUGUUAAUCGGAUAACGUUUUCAAGUUUUAAUCGGCUAAAAGUUGACGUUGCUGUUCUGUUUAUGGAAUUAAGGGAAUCGUUUGCAAUUAUUAAAAAACCCCGUCAAUGCGGAGGUUUUGUCUGCGCCGAUAUUUCUUGUUGUCUGGACGCACGACUGCAGCGGGCUCGCAGCAACGCACACGGAGCGCAGUGCCGAUCUUGGUCACAACUCCUCAAAGUAACCACAUUUUCAUUCCGUGCCAAGACAUUACUGAAAGGUGAACGUUUUAUAUUCUUCUCUAAGCAAAUAAUGGUCACAUUCUCGGAAGCGUUGCACGCUGCAAGCUACGCCACGCUGCGUGCUCGUGGCCACGCGUCACGGCACUCUCGCAAAGCCGAUGGCGGCGUGGUAUGAACCCAGAGCCGUCCCGAGGGAACGGCAAAUCGAGGCGGCCACCCCGGGCC